AUGAUGAAAAAAUAUUUAAAUAUUUAUUUCUUUAUUAUUUUAAAUUUAAUAUUAUCAAUUAAAAUUGUAAAAUCAUCAUAUUCAAAUUCACCACCAGAUUUUUCAUUUUUAGAAACUACUGCAAAAACAUUUUUAAGUUAUUCAUAUGUUACAUAUUGUGAUAUAGAUGAUAUUAGUAAUUGGACAUGUACUACAUGUAAACAUUCAGAUGUUGAAGCAUUCACAAUUGUAAAUACAAUUUAUAAUGAUACAACCGAUACUCAAGCAUAUGUUGGCUAUAUUGGAAAUGAGGUAAUUGUUGCAUUUAGAGGUUCAAUGGAUAUUCAAAGUUGGAUUACAAAUUUACAAUUUUUACAAAUUGUUUACCCAUUAUACCCAUCAGCAAAAGUACAUAGUGGUUUUUAUGACAGUUGGUCAAGUGUUAGAGAACAAGUGAAGAGUUCAAUUGAUUUAGCAUUAAAGCAAUGUGGUAAGCAAUGCAAUGAAAUCAAAGUAACCGGUCAUAGUUUAGGUGCUGCAUUGGCAACAUUGGCAAUUGCCGAAAUUCAAGGUUGGUACUCAAUUCCUUCAACAAUGUAUAAUUUUGGGUCACCUCGUGUUGGUGAUUCUGUAUUUGCUGAAUACUUUAAUUCAAUUCAACCAAAUGUAAUAAGAGUAACUUAUGAACAAGAUUUAGUACCACAUGUACCACCUGAAAAUGUUUUAAAUUAUCAUCAUAUCCCAACUGAAGUUUACUUUAAUACAAAUUCAACUUUUAAAACUUGUGAUGAUAGUGGUGAAGACCAAACAUGCGCCGAUUCAACUAUUGGUUAUAGUAUUUAUGACCAUCUUACUUAUUUUGGUAUGCAUUGUUGUUGUCGUUAA